UAACUUUGUUCUGAAUAUUGUAAUGCGCAUACUACAUACAUUCCUCAAACUAAAUAGUGACCAGUUCAUUUAAUGACCUAGUCACAAGAAUGUAAAAAUUUCCCCUUCCUCUCCUUUCUUCCCAGCCUCAAGAGGUGAACAAUUUUGCUUGACCACACACUCCCUGCCAUGAUGUUCUGCCUGGCCACAGGCUCAAAAGCAACGGAGACAACCAACAAUGGAGAGAAACUUCUGAUAAUUUCAUCCAAAAUAAAACUUUCCUCCUAUAAGACGCAAAACUGAAAGGUUAUUUGCAGCUGGGAGGUGAAAACCAAAGAUCAAAAGGAAAAGAAAGCAAGAGUCCUUUGCACACUAUGGCCCUGAGACGCCCAGGGAAGCGGCAGUUUGCAGGAGAGCGGGCCUUUCAAUCAACCACUUGCUGCUGCGCUGCAGCCUCCAUGCCGGGGGCGGCGCUGUGGCGAACUCCGUCGGACUCGGUCGGGUGCGCUCGGCUGCUGCCUCCCUGGGGGCGGCGACGGGGAACCCCAGAGAACUCGGUGAGAAGGUGCCCUGGGAGGGAAUCUCUUAUGGAGACUGGGAAGCAGCAGGAGCUGUGCUAUCUUAUCUCCCUCAUUAAUUACCAUUGUGCCUACAAGAGAUUGGACCAUGAUUUUGAUAUUUCCCGUGUAAUCCGAGUCAAUGACCCCUGGGACCACCGUGAGACCCCGAAGGGCCGUGGAGGAUCUCCCGAUCACCAGACCCACGGAAUUUUCAGGUAAUAAAUCAUCAGUCAAGAUGUCUUCAGCAUCUGACCGUCCAACACUGAAACAAGAACCACCCAAAGAAAAAGACUUUCGAAACCCAGGGCUCAGAGGGAUGCGCACAACGACUUUAUUUCGAGCUAUAAAUCCAGAGCUCUUCAUUAAACCUAUACCACUGAAGAUCGAGCACCAAACCAGUGUUCCUCGUUCCUGUCUGAGCUGUCAGCUUGCUAAGCAUGGAGGUCUUACAAUAUCCAGGCUGUGGAAAGGAAAAAGACUGAAGAGGAUAUGUAGGAUUAUUCUAUAGUCUUUAAAUAAUUAGGAGCUGAGCUAAUUGAAGAAUAAUGAUUAUAAUUGAAGUCUUGCCAUGGGAAUGCUAGUGUGGUGUUGCCAAGAGGAAAGUAUAAUAGAUAUUUGAAUCUCCAAUUAGCUUAAUGAGUCUUUAUAAUUUUUUUCUUUGAUAGAACAAACCUGUAAUGGCUUUUGGAUUGAUAUCACUUUCACUUUGCGUGGCUUAUAUUGGUUAUCUACAUGCAACACAAGAGAAUAAAAA